AUGGCUCCCGCUGUCGGUAUCGACUUGGGUACUACCUACUCCUGCGUGGGUAUUUUCCGCGAGGAUCGUUGCGAAAUUAUUGCAAAUGACCAGGGUAACCGGACAACACCGUCGUUUGUGGCUUUCACGGACACGGAGCGCCUCAUCGGAGAUGCCGCCAAGAACCAGGUCGCCAUGAACCCCCACAACACCGUCUUCGACGCCAAGCGCCUCAUUGGCCGCAAGUUCGCCGAUGCUGAAGUCCAGGCCGAUAUGAAGCAUUUCCCCUUCACCAUCAUCGACCGUGGUGGCAAGCCAGUCGUUGAGGUUGAGUUCAAAGGCGAGAAGAAGACUUUCACACCCGAGGAGAUCUCCUCUAUGAUCCUUACAAAGAUGCGCGAGACCGCUGAGGCCUACCUCGGUGGCACUGUCAACAACGCCGUUGUCACUGUUCCGGCCUACUUCAACGACUCUCAGCGUCAGGCUACCAAGGAUGCCGGUCUAAUUGCUGGCCUCAACGUCCUACGUAUCAUCAACGAGCCCACCGCUGCCGCCAUUGCUUACGGUCUCGACAAGAAGGUUGAGGGCGAGCGGAAUGUGCUCAUCUUCGAUCUCGGUGGUGGUACCUUCGACGUGUCACUCCUUACCAUUGAGGAGGGUAUCUUUGAGGUCAAGUCCACUGCUGGCGACACUCACUUGGGUGGUGAGGACUUCGACAACCGCCUCGUCAAUCAUUUCGUCAACGAAUUCAAGAGAAAACAUCGAAAGGAACUCUCCUCCAGCGCCCGUGCCCUGCGCCGUCUUCGCACUGCUUGCGAGCGUGCCAAGCGUACUCUCUCUUCGUCUGCCCAGACGUCGAUCGAGAUCGACUCUCUGUACGAGGGUAUUGAUUUCUACACCUCCAUCACCCGUGCCCGCUUCGAGGAGCUGUGCCAGGAUCUGUUCCGCUCCACCCUUCAGCCCGUGGAUCGAGUCCUGACCGACGCCAAGAUCGACAAGUCUCAGGUCCAUGAGAUCGUCCUCGUCGGUGGAUCUACCCGUAUCCCCCGUGUCCAGAAGCUUAUCACCGACUACUUCAACGGCAAGGAGCCCAACAAGUCCAUCAACCCCGAUGAGGCUGUCGCGUACGGUGCUGCCGUCCAGGCCGCUAUCCUGUCUGGCGACACUUCUUCCAAGUCCACCAACGAGAUUUUGCUUUUGGACGUUGCCCCGUUGUCACUGGGUAUCGAGACUGCUGGUGGCAUGAUGACCAAGCUUAUCCCCCGCAACACCACCAUCCCCACCAAGAAGUCCGAAGUCUUCUCUACCUUCUCCGACAACCAGCCUGGUGUGCUUAUCCAGGUUUACGAGGGUGAGCGUCAACGUACAAAGGACAACAACCUGCUUGGCAAGUUCGAGCUUACCGGCAUCCCUCCUGCUCCCCGUGGCGUUCCUCAAAUCGAGGUUACCUUCGAUCUUGACGCCAACAACAUCAUCAAUAUCUCCGCCGUCGAGAAAGGCACCGGAAAGACCAACCAGAUCGUUAUCACCAACGACAAGGGCCGCCUCUCGAAGGAGGAGAUUGAGCGCAUGCUCAGCGAGGCCGAGAAGUUCAAGGAGGAGGAUGAGGCUGAGGCCCGUCGCGUCUCUGCCAAGAACGGUCUCGAGUCUUAUGCCUACUCCCUACGCAACACUCUCGCCGACUCCAAGGUCGAUGAGAAGCUUGAUGCUGGCGACAAGGAGACACUCAAGACUGAGAUUGACAAGGUCGUCUCUUGGCUCGACGAGAGCCAGCAGGCUACCCGUGAGGAGUAUGAGGAGCACCAGAAGGAGCUCGAGGCUGUUGCCAACCCCAUCAUGAUGAAGUUCUACGGUGCGGGUGCUGGUGGCAUGCCCGGUGGCAUGCCUGGCGGUAUGCCCGGCGGUCCUGGUGGCUUUCCCGGUGCUCCGGGUGGCGGAGCUGGUGCCACCCACGAUGAUGGCCCCACUGUCGAGGAGGUCGAUUAA